UACACGAGGAUGUGAUAGCUGAACUAGAUGUGAUAAUUGACUCCAUCAGCUUAUUGUUUCGUGGCUUGAUUAAUCAUUUCUCGGGGAUCAACUAAAACCAACAGCCAAUGGAUCCCAUGUAGUUACCUACUUAGGUACUCAAUUGCGAUACCAGCCUUGAAAAUUACGAACGAUUCUAGAAAUUCGAUAUUGAGGCCAACAUUUAUUAAACGCCGCACAAGUUCAAGCGAAGGCUGAGUAUGUGGCACAUACAAUUCCCCCUUGCCAAUUAUCCUAUUGAAAGGGAGACAUGGACAACCAUGCGAAACAAUAUGUAAGCCAGCAUGCGUAGUCAGAGUACGUACAUGCGUGGAUGUCGCAAUGUUUGUCACCAGGUUAAAGACAUCGAAGAGAGGGGUAGAGGUCUUUGCGAUCCCUCAAUUGUGACCAAGUUGUGACCGAGUCGUGACCAAGCAAGGAGAAGAAUGCCCACAUUGGAUACGAGAUAAGAUUCCAAGAUGCUAUCGUGACGACGACCCUCUGCAGGUUUGUCCGGUCCGAUGCAGAGCACGUCCAGUUUGUGCGCGCAUAUCAUAGGGUAUAGGAGAACCGUAGCCGACGGGACCGGCAUCCUGAUUACGACGCCGCCCCGUGGAGCCGCUCCCUCGGCGACAAAAUCAGCAAGAGAUCAGAAGUUGGUCUGGAGACUGGAUGGGAGCGCCUGAAAGAUGAAACAGCCGGGCAGCCACAGCCAAUGACGGCUGGGAACAAGCAGCCAAUGAGGGUUUCUCCGCAAUUAACGCCUUGCAUGUUUCUUUUAGCAUGGGCUUCGUCGGUUUCAAACUGCGGGAACCCUAGUCAGUUGGUUUCCUCUUUUUUUUCUUUCUUCUCUUCUCUUUCGCUCUGCCUCUUCCCGAAGCGGGAAAAGCCUUGUCGAAAUCCGAGCAAUCAACUUGAUGUGUUAGAGAGCCAGGGGGGAUCCCCGGUUCCUGAGAAGUGUUCAGGAGAUUCGCCCACUCACAGCCCACCUUUCCCACGAUCAGCACGAUUCUGUCAGUGGGCUUGCAGGCUUUAUCAGAUCCAUGUCGGCGGUGGGAGGGGAACAACCGGGGGGAACUGCCUUGGGACAUGGGCGUGGUAAAUUGCGAGGUCAGACCUUUAUUCAAGCGCAUUGAAAACUGAUCAAGACUAAACCAGUCUUUGUCCUGUGGGAUUGUACGCUCGAUCAGGUUCUCUAUUUUGAGAAAAUGACCAAACUUGCCAAAUCAACCUGUGACCAAGUUCAACUAAACUCUUUGAGGUUGUAGCAGAAUGUGAUCCGAGUACAUGGACAUCGUCAAAAAGAUGGCCACGUAACGGCGCAAUUUUAUGCUGCAGUGAAUCGGGAUGACUUGAUGAGUUGUGCAAUCAAUAGAAAAGUAUGUCAUAUCUGUACGUUAGCGAUGGAGGGCGGACAGGGCGAGUUGGGCGAGGAGAGGUGAAAGAUUUUGAUUCUUCUGAUGUUUGCUCCGAUGUGAUUGGCUUCAAUUGGGCAGAAUUGAGUUGGUACCUGCAUAUAGUGGUUGCUCAACGUGGCGUGGAGGGUCGGUGGACGGUGUUAAGUCGGG